GGACGGGGCGCGGCGGGGGACACGGCGGCCGCCGCGGCGCUGGAUCGAGCAACGGCGGCGACGGGUCCUUUUCCUUCUUCAACCCCUUCCUCCUCCUUUCCUUCCUCUCCUACUUUCCUUCUUUUUUUUUUUCCGGCCGGGUCUCGUCUACUUCCCUUCCCAGCGGCCACAGUCUUACGUAGAGGCAUGAUUUCCCGGCACCUCAGGGAAAAUAGGGUGCAAGCCCAGAAGCUAUUUCCUCAACACCACUUGUUGAAAAUCUGAUUUGAAAGCGGUCGGUUUGAACAACGGAAAGUGCGGGGAUUUGAUGCGUCUCUGGUACUACGCUGGAGACCCUUCUCUACGAAUUAUCCAGAAAAAAACUGGAAACUAAUCCGAACCUUACUCAAAGUUACUCAAAGAAUGGAACGAUUUGUAGUAACAGCACCACCUGCUCGAAACCGUUCUAAGACUGCUUUGUAUGUGACUCCCCUGGAUCGAGUCACUGAGUUUGGAGGUGAGCUUCAUGAAGAUGGAGGAAAACUCUUCUGUACUUCUUGCAAUGUGGUUCUGAAUCAUGUUCGCAAGUCUGCCAUUAGUGACCACCUCAAGUCAAAGACUCAUACCAAGAGGAAGGCAGAAUUUGAAGAGCAGAAUGUGAGAAAGAAGCAGAGGCCUCUAACUGCAUCUCUUCAGUGCAACAGUACUGCGCAAACAGAAAAAGUCAGUGUUAUCCAGGACUUUGUGAAAAUGUGCCUGGAAGCCAACAUCCCCCUUGAGAAGGCUGAUCACCCAGCAGUCCGUGCUUUCCUGACUCGCCAUGUGAAGAAUGGAGGCUCCAUACCUAAGUCAGACCAACUAAGGAGAGCUUAUCUGCCUGACGGAUAUGAGAAUGAGAAUCAGCUCCUCAACUCACAGGAUUGUUGACAAGGAGGUUACCACCAUUGUGAUCAAGAUAAAUAAUGUGGAGUAUUAAAGUUAUGUGUUGAUUUUGUGGUUCAUUUUUAUAUUUAUUUCAUUUAAAAUCAUGUGAUGCAGAAUAGGUUUGCAAUGUAUAUAUAGAUGCAGGCAAAAAAACAAAAAAAAAAUCCUCACGGCACAACUUGUUAAUUUUAGUCACCAAUGGUUUAAGCAAAACUUAGGUAUAGAGUGUGCUAGGAUACCUGAAACCUGAUGGUUAUCUUUAAAAUUGAUGGGUUUUCUCCUGGAAUGUUUGUGCAUAGAAAAAAUUCCAUGCUUUUUUUAACCCUGUUGCCAUGUAUGAUUAUUCCUUGUGAGAUUACUUAAUUAUCUGGAUUGAAGGCCAGCCUAGAAAAUUGAAGCUGCUGCCAGGCAACACCACUCAAGAGUAACUUAAAGGAAUUAUUCUGAUUAGAGGAUCCUCUUCAAAAUGGAAGAGGUGAUGAGAAACUGUUAUUAUAUCUUGAGAUCCCUACCAGAAAUGACUUUAUUUCAAACUAUAUUUUAUGUGUAUUUGAAAUAGUUACCUAACCUAUCCUUCAAUUCCUCACUGUCUUUUUAAAGUCUUACUGUUCUGUUUAGUAGCAGCUUCAAGUCACCAGAAGACUAAACUCUUUUAAUGUUAGUGCCAAAAGCCAUGGAGAAUUUUGCAGUGACAAGAUUUUAGUUUCUCACAAUGUGUACAGAAUUUUGAAAUAGCUUUCAUUUUAAGCAUCUUCUUGAAUAUGCAGGUUUUUUUGUAAAUGUCUUUGUGUCACUUCCAGCCUGACAAUUUAAACAGACAUUAUAUGGUUGAGUUUCCUCUUUUUAUAGAGAAUUAGUUGAUUUUUGGCUGACAGAUCAAACAAGGAAAUUUCUUUCUAUACAUUUUUCCAUAAGAUUUUAUGAGUUUAGAAAUAGAAACUACUUUUCUUUCACUUUUAUCUGCUUUGUUUCUGUCAAGACUUAUAGUGGAGAUCUGGCAGUAUGCUGCAUAGCUGUUUGGUUGAGAAAAUAAUCAGUUCUAUUAAAGGUCAGCCAUGUUCGGAAUAUUAUCUAUAUCUGAGCUUCACUAUCCUCUAAGGUUAUCAAAGUAGUUUAGCCUAUAAGAAAGCAAGGUUGUAUUUAAGAAAUUUAACAGCUAAAAACUUGGAUAAGAUGUUUAAUAAAAAAACAAGUUAUUGGAAAAAUUCAAGUAAAAAAACAGUUACAUUUUUGUUACAGAGCAGUGAUAAGUGAUGCCCUAUGUGACUUAGAGUUAUCUUUGAGGUCAUUUUAACACAAAUCUUUAUUUAAAAACCAAAGUAAAUAAAAAAUAAUUCAUACAGUUUUCCUUAAGUGUCUUACAGAUUAAAGUACCUAAUUCAAGUUGUCAGAGUGACCAUCUGGUUUUACAUUUUUUCAUUUAAAAGCCUGCUACCAAAAAAAAAAAAUUAAGUCAGUUGCCAAAAUUUGAACUUUGAAUUUUCUUCAUGUUUGGUUAUGUUAUA